AUGGGUUCCUUUCGCGAUGAAGAGCUCAUCAAAGUUCUGCGCGCUUUCAGCUACUUUGGGCAAUACGAUGCGGACUUCUUGGCUGCUUUGGAGAAACAAAUGCCCAGCAGAGUUCCUACCGCGGAUCCGGAGCUGACGAGUACUGUGACGGAGUAUUGCCUCGAAGCAACGUGUCGCUCCGAGCCCAUACUGGAAACUGUUGCUGAAAGCUUUAUCGAUAAUGCAGAGAAGUACAGCACGCAUCAGAUUGCGCGGCAGGUCGUAGCACUGGGACGGCUUAACUACCUGCCGAACUGCUCCGCUCAGCUCUUCAAGAAACUGGAGGCCGUGCUGGAGACACGGUUCGCCCAGUUUCAGCCCGGUGACCUGCUGGACGUGCUUCACUCUUGCAUACACCUUGAAAGGUUUCCACUCAACUUUGUGUCCAAAGUCUUCAGCCACUACUUCCUCCAGAGUCUUGAAGUAGCGGGCAAUGGUCUGGACAAGCACGUCAUGGGUCAGCUGACUCAGCUCAGUCUAUCCACCACACUAGAGUGCUCCACCUACCAGGGUCCACGGCUCCCCUACCACUAUAAAGUGAAGAAAUUCUCUUCCUCGGAUAACUUCUUCGAAAACCCCAUCGACCCCUACCUCUUCAGCAAGGUCAAGGGCCCCCUGAUACAACUGCUGGGAGGAAAGAACUUCAGUACCAGGGUCUUCACACAGAAUGGAUACACUAUAGAUGUGGAGAUCACCCUGGAUGAGGAAGGCCUAGUCCUCCCCCUGUCUCAGUGGGAAAACACGUACAGAAGAAUUGCCCUAUGUCUAGACGCAGAGGACCGGUUUUGCAACAACUCGCACCACCUCCUGGGAAAGGAAGUGACGAAGAGACGACACCUCCAACGGCUGGGCUACAGAGUGGUGCAGAUCCCUCACUUUGAAUUUGAUAAGCUGAGAAGUCAGGAGGCGAGAGUGCAGUACCUCCACCGGAAGAUAUUCCCCUAAGUCCUCAGGUGUAAUUGGUGACACCUUCGACAGAAUGACAGAAAGCGGGACACUGAAUGCAGACUAAACAAAGAUAACUGUACAGAGGAUAUGUCUGUCUGCACGCCCAAUGAAAUCAAAAAUGCCAGCAACUGGAGCAAUGUCAUAAGGGGCAUUUGGGUGCUCUUAGUUCAGAUGCAUUGUUAACUACCCAAUUAGUGUUUUAUAAAGUCCUUGU